GGCAUUUUACCUAUUCGGUAUGUUAAACAGUCAGCUAUACCAUUGAAUGGAUGAAAAUGGCAUCCUAAGAUAAUGUCGGGGCAUUUAAUAGAGCGCAAGUUGCGAUUGGCCUAAUCCUAAUCGGCCACUCGGCUCAACAAAUUAACGUAAAGCCCCGUAGUUGACUGAAAAUUGUGCGAAAAUGGCGCGUAAAGACACGAAUACCUUGUGAUCGUAGCCGUCAAGGACGCACGUGACGAGCAUCCAGUUCGAGCAAGACGGCGACGUCGUGACAGCGGACAGCGACGGCUUCAUAACCGUGUACUCGGUCGAUGCAGACGGUGCCUACUUUAUUAGAAUGGAGUUCGAGGCCCACAACAAGGGCAUCAGCUCCCUGGUUAUGCUAUCGGAGGGUACUCUGCUGUCCGGCGGCGAGAAGGACAGAAAAAUCGCCGCCUGGGAUUCGUUGCAGAAUUACAAGCGCAUCACCGAUACUAAGCUACCGGAAACCGCGGGCGGCGUGCGCAGUAUCUACCCUCAACGCCCGGGCAGGAACGACGGCAACAUCUACGUCGGCACCACUCGCAACAACAUCCUCGAAGGCUCGCUCCAGCGGCGCUUCAACCAGGUCGUCUUUGGCCACGGCAGACAGCUUUGGGGACUGGCCGUACAUCCGGACGACGAAGUCUUCGCCACCGCCGGCCACGAUAAGAACAUCGCGCUCUGGAGGCGGCACAAGCUCCUCUGGACUACGCAGGUCGGCUUCGAGUGUAUCUGCAUUGCCUUCCAUCCAUUCGGUGUGGCAUUGGCCGCGGGCUCCUCCGAGGGUCAUCUCCUGGUGCUCGCAGCGGACACAGGAGCUGCCGUGGCUACACUCCGAGUUUGUGGCUCGCCCCUUUCCUGCAUUGGCUACAAUCCCACUGGAGAAAUGGUGGCCAUGGGCUCACAAAACGGCAGCGUUUAUUUAUUUAGAGUAUCGAGAGAUGGAUUUUCGUAUAAGAAAAGCAACAAAAUCCGAGGCACACAGCCUCUUGUGCAGCUCGAUUGGAGUUCCGAUAGUCGAUUCUUACAAACGGUCACCCAAGACUAUGAUCUUGUAUUUUGGGACGUUAAGGCUCUCUCUUCGGAAAAGAGUCCACUAAUUAUGAAAGAUGUUAAAUGGUAUACGCACAACUGCACCGUUGGAUAUUUAGUGUCUGGAAUGUGGAAUAAUCGUUAUUACCCGCUGACGACGGUGGUGACGACCUCGUGUCGCUCGGCGGCCCACGACAUGCUCGUAAGCGGCGACGCCGAAGGCUACCUCCGGCUCUUCCGCUACCCCUGCACCAGCGCCAAGGCCGAGUACGUCGAGGAGAAGGUCUACAGCUCGCUGGUCGCCUGCUCGCGCUUCCUCUACAACGAUCAGAACGUUGUGACCGUAGGCGGCACCGACGCCGCCCUCAUGCUCUGGGAGCUCGUCGACGAGUAGCAGGCCGAGUGUAACUAGCCGAGUCGUGACCCAUCAUCACCCGGUAAUAGACCAUCACGCGGCUCUCCUCAUCGUCCGGCCCUUGUCGAAGGCCGUACUUUUGCACGACGUUCCCAUCGCUCCCACCCCUCCCUUCUUCCCUCACUCCCCAUACUGUACAUUUGUAAGAAUUUUUUUAUAGUUAGCCUUUGGAGAGCGAUAUGCGAAGAAGGCUUGAUGUGUUAAUAAUUUUUACACCUUUGAUCUUGGCUUGAUUAAUUUCCUUUAGACGCAUUUUGUUAUGAGCAUUAAGAAAAGAGAGAGAGAGAGAGAGAGAGAGAGAGAGAGAGAGAGAGAGAUCUCUUGGAUUAUUAUGCUGUUUCAAUUUAACUAAGCCGCCGCGAAUGCGUACCAAUACCGGAUGAUGCAUUAAGGAUCUUAUUUUUUCAAAAUGUUAAUAUAUAUUUUUUGUAACUAAUAGAGCUUUCGCAAACGGCCUUUCAAGCGCUUAUUCGUUUGUAUGAUACAAGUUUAUUUAUCAGAUUAUUCGGCGGUGGCCCAGCAUCGAGUAAAACAACAAACGAAGCCGAAUCAAAUACAAGACAGAAUUUUAAAAUAGCAAGCUUUCGGCAAUUCUUUGUAAUUAUAAGUGUUA